UGCCUUGGCAUACCCGUGGGCAUACCUGGGCAUAUGUGAAGGUCGUGGCGUGGGAUGCGAAGAGAAGUCACGAGUGCUUGCCCAGUGGACCCUCAGUUGUCGACAGGCAUCCUUUCUGGAAGCUCAGAGGAACGCUCUCCUCGUGGUCAUUGAAAGAUGUUUCUCUUCAAGCUGUUCUUAGUCUCCUUCAUUGGAUAUGUCAACGCUCGUCCUGGAGGAUUCCAAGCCUCGGGUCAUAUCAAGGUUGUAGCACCUAAGAUUUCAGUUGCACCCGUUGCUACAUCUGUAACCUAUUCUAACCCCGCUCCCGUCAAAGUAGUAGCUCCACCACCAGUAGUGGCAGCUCCAGUAUCUACCAUCACUACAGCAAGGUUCCAUUAUGACCCACAGCUCUUCACCAGGAAGGCUCAGCGGGUAGCCGGUGCCAUCACUGACAUCGUCAAUGUUGUUGGAAAUCUCGUUGUCAAUUCACUUCGAGACUUGCCUCCUCCACCCAAAAUUACCACCACUCACGUGCAGCAACCAGUUGCAGCCGUCAAAACUGUGACCAAGCAAGUGACUUGGUAGGGCAGUUAAGUGGCCUGAUCAUCAGAGUCAUCUGAAAUUUACCUCAGAAACCUGUUUCCAAACUUCACUUCGAAUAUUUUUGAAACCAACAAAUUCUAAAGUAUUUUUGUGACUGUUAACAGUAUUAUUUUCGAUCAUAUUCACAAAAAUCAAAUUAUUUGUUUAGAGAAUAACACGUUUUUGAAAGAAAUGGCAUAUUUUUGUAUUAUGGGAAAUGGUCAAGCAGAUGUAUGCAAUGAGUUUUGUAACCCUUAAUAAAGGUUUUUUAACAUAA